UUCAGGAAAGCUGAACUCAGAAGCAAAGAAAGAGAGAAAACGGCAACUUUUAACAAAGUGAAUUGUUGAAAUGGCGUCCAAGUUGUGUGAUUCCUGCAAAUCAGCGACCGCGACUCUUUUCUGCGGGGCUGACUCGGCGUUUCUCUGCUCCAACUGUGACUCCAAGAUCCACGCCGCCAACAAGCUCGCCUCGCGUCACGCACGAGUUUGGCUGUGUGAAGUAUGCGAGCAAGCACCAGCUCACGUCACCUGCAAGGCCGAUGCCGCUGCUCUUUGCGUCGCCUGCGACCGUGACAUCCACUCCGCCAACCCUCUCGCUCGCCGACACGAGCGCCUUCCCAUAACCCCCGUCUUCGACUCCGUUGGUUCCAUCCCAGCCGUCACACUAAACGGGGUCGUUAACUUUCUGGACGAGAGUUACUUCCCCGACGAUGACGUCAGCAGAGAGGAAGCCGAGGCGGCCUCGUGGCUGCUUCCAAACCCUAACUAUAAGGUCGUGGACAACCCGAACGUGAACACGGGGCAGUACGUGUUCCCGGCGAUGUACCCGUAUCUGGAUCCGAACUACGGGCAUGGGGAUUCGAAACUUGAUGCCCAGGAACAGAACAGCUCUGGAACCGACGGAGUGGUCCCUGUCCAAAGCAAAAGUGUUCGAGCUCCGGCCGUCAACGAUCACUGCUUCGACUUGGACCUCACCGGAUCCAAACCCAUUGCUUAUGGUUACAACCCAAACUUUAUAAGUCACGGUGUAACAUCAUCAUCGUUGGAUGUCGGUGUGGUCCCAGACGGAAGCACGAUGACUGACAUAUCAAACCCGUACAGCAAAGGGACAGAGUCAACACAUCAGACGGUGGUGCAACCAUCACCGGCGGAAAGAGAAGCGAGGGUGCUGAGGUACAGAGAGAAAAGAAAGAACAGAAAAUUCGAGAAAACGAUCCGUUACGCCUCAAGAAAGGCGUACGCAGAGAUGCGGCCUAGGAUCAAAGGAAGGUUCGCGAAGCGUACGGACACGGAAGUGGAAGCCGACCGCUUUGGAGCCGUGCCGUCGUUUUAAAGUUUACCCUCCCUU